CCUGUCUAGUACAGCUUGUUCCUACAGCUGGCUGAACCCUUCUCAUCCUCCUCCCCCCCGAUGCUGAGAAAGCAGGCGUAAACCCUCCGUUUCAGGCCAACGGUGCUCCAACUGUUACACAUGCACCGGGAUGCCCAGUGGGUCGCUGGCGGCUAGCUUACACACACACCGACAGUCGGCCAAACCGCUCUCAGCGCAGCUACCGGCGGCGUGUCGCGUUCCAGCUGACCGCUGCCGCCGCGGUUAGCCCGUCAGCCAGCCGGCCUUAGCAGCCAAAAACACGGCGUCACACAUAAGACCUGGGAACUAUACAGCGGCAGCGUCAAAAGUCAGACUGAGAAGCGUUUCUCUCCCAUGCGGACGCUUCGUCGGCUUGCUCCAGACGCCGUGAGUUCGGACGGGUUUCGCGACCGUUGGCGACGGGGAAAAAAAGCGAUGUUGCUGUGCGCGACUGCAACCCGAGCCCGCCUACUCGGAAGAGGCAAACUUUUGCUCCCGUUUCCGCGGUGUAAGGGGAUCGCCGUAAACAUGUCGUCGUCCCGCGCCGCCGGCAAGAGACUGCGGGUCCUGGUGGACAUGGACGGGGUGCUGGCGGACUUCGAGGGGGGGUUCCUGAAGGAGUACCGGGCCAGGUACCCGGACGAGCCCUUCGUCCCCCUGGGUGACAGGAGAGGCUUCUGGGUGUCAACGCAGUACGAGCGGCUGAGGAAGGACCUGUUUGAAAAAGCUGUCAGUAUCUGGGAGUCCAAAGGCUUCUUCAUGGACUUGGAACCUCUGCCUGGAGGAGUUGAGGCGGUGAAAGAGAUGGCCAGGAUGGUUGACACAGAUGUCUUUAUUUGCACCAGCCCCAUUAAACAUUACAAACACUGCCCGUACGAGAAGUACGCCUGGGUGGAGAAGCAUUUGGGCCCUGACUUCCUGGAUCAGGUCAUUCUGACCAGAGACAAGACCCUAAUCGCCGGUGACCUCCUCAUAGACGACAAGCCUGACAUUCAAGGCGUGGAGCCGACACCAGCCUGGGAGCACGUCCUGUUCACCGCCUGCCACAACAAGCAUCUGUCCGUCGCCCCCUCCCAGAGACGGCUCCUCUCUUGGUCGGACGACUGGCGGGCCGUCCUGGACAGCAAGAGGCAGUGAGGGACCCUGAUUCCCCCCACCCAUCCACCCCGGGCAUCCUCUGCACCCUAGUUACCAGGGGAACCCGGAGCAUUUUCAUCCCGUUGUUGAAGUCUCAGCAGCGUGAACGGGUCGGCCUUUCCUGUCCUUGUGUUUGGGAGAGGACGCUCUCUGGUUUUACCACCAGGGGGCAGCAUGACACAGGCUGAGGAGUUCACUUCCACUGGACACCAAGUCAUAAAUAAUUGCACAUCAGCUCUAACAGGGCAGACCGCACUGAUUGAAGCGGUGGGUGUCUGCUCUCGUUUUGCUCCUAAGUUCGGACCAUUCCGCUCGGAACGGGUCUCGUUUUAUUUUUUUCGUUCUGCCGUAGUGGUUUAUUUAAGGCCGAUUGCUAAAGGCCGGUUGUAUAAAACGUGUCUGUGCACUGUGAUUCACCCACAGACAUCAGCACACUCCACAACACAGGAAAAAAAAAACGACGAACAAAAAUAGACUGUAACUUAUUUGACCAGUACUUGAAUGGACUUGAACGCCACUGUAAGGCACAGAAGUUUACACCCGCUCAUCUCUAGCAUGAAUCGUUUUACUUUUGAUUAAACAGUUGAAUAUGAUGGGGGGGAGGGGAUUGCAUUGUAACGUGGUUGCACGAUGGAUCCGCUGUUUUCCGUACACUCCAUGCACUUUGAAAAACCAGGAUUGCUCAUCCGGUUGAGGUUGGGACCGUUCUAGCAGCCUAGUCAGGCUUUCUGUAAAUUCAAGUCGUGCACCUAAAUCCCGUCUGGUGCGAUCACACCAGUCUGGAUGAAGGAGCCGUCCUGGUUCGUCGUUUAAAAAGGCCCGACAGAACGUGACGGCCAUGCCAAAGAUGGCCGUGUGUAAACUUCUGACCGCCACUGGAAAUGCAGACGCUCAGAUCUGCCGGGAAGCUCACUUCUGUUCUGAUGCAGCUAAGAAGUACAACUUCGGUGCUCUUUUUUUAUUUUUUUUUAUUUUUACGCGGUUCUUUAGUAUUUUAACGAUGAUCUAUGCAUCUCACUUCACACACUGAGGGAAAAACACAAGAGCGCGCAUGUUGCCAAAAAAAAAAAGAGUUAUGUAGAACAAAAGUAGUGACUUAAAACUUAGAAGUUUUCCUGUUUUAACUCAAUGUAUACAAGAGAAUAUCUAGAAAAUGGUAAAAGAAAACUAAUAGUAUUGGGAAUGAGCCGAGUCCUAUGAGACGUACUGUAAAUGUCUUUUAUACUGUAGCCUGUUUACAAAAGCACACGAGCAGAUUGAGGAUAGAGGGUAUAAACUCCGAGCUAGCUCCGGAGUGAUGAAGUGGAUUUAUUUAAGCAUGCUGAUUUUGAAGUAAAAAGUGUUUCAGGAUGAAGUUUUUUUGCCAACUUCGGCCACAAAAACGACACUAACCUUGUGAUUUUAGUGCGUUUAGAAGAAGCUCCUUGCUCUCGGGGCUCCUCUUUGGGAGCCGCGUUCAGAGAUUUGUGCGUCUCUGCCUGGUUUAAUGUACAACUCAAAACCGGCUUCCAUGUUUUAAAUCUUUGUUCCAUGUUCUGUUGACCUGAAGACAAUGGAAACGAAAUAAAGGACACUUUGACAUGUGAAUGGAGAACUCUUUUUUUUUUUUUUUUUUUCUUCCCUGCGGCACCUUUGUUCUUCUCUGUUGUCAGUCCAGGUUCACCCUGUUAAAACAAACAGAUGAUGGCGGAUUGUUGUGACAGAUGCUCGGAAACUUGCCCGCCCUCGGAGUCCAAGCAUCCCAGCGUGGUGGGGUGGUGGGAGAGUUUAAACACGAGCUGCUCACCUCUCUGUCCCUGUUGUUGUCAUGUGUCCUCCCUCAGUCCAUCUUAUCAGCUAAUAAAACGUAACUUCAUUCAUUUGAGCUGUUUACACCUUGCAUUUGGUGUCGGUUGCUUAACUUGUUCCAAAACAUAGCCUUUUAUAUGCUUUGGUUUAAAAAAAAA